AUGCCUGUUAGUAAAUUUCGUGAAGAAUUGAAGAAUAUCCUUAUAGAACCAAAUACUACAACAAUUACUUCUAUUAAACAAAUUUUACAUGAAAACAAUUAUUUCAAUCUUAGUAAUGCAGAAAGACGUCCAAUAUUGGAUCAAGUGUUAAGAUGCCAUGUUUUAGACAUAGUAUCAUCAAAACCACCAAAUUUAUAUGAUGUUUGCAAGAUGUGGACAUCAUUUACAAUUGAACUUGUACGAAACAAAAUGUGUACUGCUAUAAUGCCAGUAGCUAUAUUGUCGGAUAUGUUUGCUGUGACUACUAUCGAUGUUUGUGAAAAAAUGUUUGAUCAUGUGGAAUCCAAUGUAAAUGUUCUUAAAGAGCCUACAUUUUUUAUGGCAUGCAAGAACAAUUUAUUACGAAUGUGCAAUGAUCUUUUAUGUCGCUUAUCUAGAUCACGGAAUACAGUCUUUUGUGGGCGUAUUUUAUUAUUUUUGGCCAUAUUUUUUCCUUUUUCUGAACGCUCAGGUUAGACAAUUAUUAAUACUUAAACUCAUUAAAAUUAUUAAUUUUAUUUUUUGGAAUAUUAUAGGUCUAAACCUUAUAAGUGAUUUCAAUUUAGAGAAUGUAACUGAAUAUUUGAAUGAAAAUCAUUUUGAUCAAACUGAGUAUAUGCCAGAUUCAAUUGCUGAAGAUGAAGCUAAAUCAGAUAUUAUAAA